UUCUCAAAACUUCUUCAAUUACUAAUAUUUGUAUGCUCUUAAGUCUAUACAAUCUGCAUUUUCUUUCAAGGUGGGGAUGAUUGGUACGUUCCUGUAUUCAUUCACGACAAUGAUGCUUGACUAGAUUAAUCAUCAUUCAAGUCUCAAGCUAUAGCUACAUAGAUCCAAUAAUUGGCCCUGCUAGAUUGGCCUUUCCUUCUAUGUCAUUGAAUUGGAAGUCAAUCCCACUAACUACGGCCGUUGACUUGACUUGUUCCUUAUCUUUCCCUCUAUUUACCCUUUAAAUGAUGAUUUUGCAUGAAAUGAACCAUAUGAUCACAUCCAUUACUACAAAUAACGGAUCUGAGACUCUAUGCAGCUGCUAGAACAGGAGAUACUAGUUCGUUUUAUUCACUACUUAAUGAGGAUCCACUCAUUCUUGAACGAGGCUCAUUAGACAGCAUAGCAGAGACUUGCCUGCAUAUUGCAGCACCGUCUGGAAGUGUGAAUUUUGUGAAAGAGAUUAUGAGUUUGAAGCCUGCAUUGGCUAAGAGGGUCAACAGGGACGGGUUUAGUCCAAUUCACAUGGCUUCAGCAAAUGGAUAUACAGAGAUAGUGAAAGAGCUUUUGAUGAGUAACAAAGAGCUAAGUCGACAACAGAGUGCUGAUGGAAGAACAGCUAUCCAUUUUGCUGCUAUUACAGGGAGAGUAGAUGUGUUGAGGGCUCUGAUCAACACUUGUCCUGAAUGUAAGGCUGAUUGGACGGAUCAAGAUGAAUCUGCACUUCACGUUGCAUUGAAGAACAACCAGGUUGAGGCUUUUGAAAUACUUUUGGGAAUGCUCAAGGAGAUCAACACUGAAGAAAUAACGAGGCUUGUGAAUGCAAAGGACCAUGAUGGCAACACAAUUUUACACAUUGCAGUUGCUAGGAAGCAACUUCGAGCAGCAAAACUGUUGCUUGACUAAGAAGGGGUUUGUAGCAUUUUUAAAGUAGAAGUGAAUUCCAACAAUGGAAGUGGUUACACAGCCCUGGAUAUGUUAUUCCAUUCAGGACGAAUUUUGGAUGAUCCUAUUGAUCAUAAGAUUCGCAAGAUGCUUCAACAAGCAGGGGCAUUUAGAAGUGAAGAUAUAAUUGUAGCUGUUACCUCAACUGUUGCUACUCAACAAGUUGACCAACAAACAAAUUUUGAUUCUUAUCAAGCUGGAGAAAAUAAUUCAACUAGUCAUCAUGUUCCUGAAAACAAUCUAGCUGAAAAAUUGUGCUGUAAAUGUGACCCUUUGAUGCCUUGGAAAUUUAUAUAUACGGAGGUUUCAUCAUUGUUUAUCUGGAAGAUAUGGUCUACCUUUACCCAAGAAAUUGAAAACUCAACUCCAGAGAUGCGAAAUUCACUUAUGGUGGUGGCUGUUCUGAUUGCUACCGUGACCUACCAAUCAGUUCUUAGCCCUCCAGGUGGAUAUCGAGAAUUAAAUGCAAAAGAAGAUCCAGAUCCAAUACAUUCAAAUGGAAUAGCUAUCAUUGCAUCUGAUGCACUGAUGUUCUUUUUUGUUAUAUUUUUCAGCUCUAUAGGAUUUUUCCUUUCUGUUGUCAUAAUCCUCAUGCUCACUAGUCAGUUUCCUCUUAAACUGUUGUUGCGGCUUGCUGUACUUGCCGUGUCUGCAGAUUUUGUCUGUACAAUUUUGUACAUAGCACCUAUAGAAUUUAGCACCAUAUAUGUAGUGACAAUGGUCAUGUUUGUUCUUGUGGGGAUACACCUUCUUUACUUCAUCUCGUGGAUGUUCAGAAGGUCUAGGAUGGCAAGUAGAAGAAAGCAAGCUCAGGGUUAGAAACUGGGUUUUAUUAGUUGGGAGGGUGAACUGUUGUUUUUCUAUCUGCAGAAACUAUUAGCUAUUCUUCACCAGGAACAAAAUUAAUUUGGUUAUUGAUGAAAUCUCUGGAAAGUGACAACUUACUUGAAUUCA